UUGCCGGUGUCCCUGUGCCAGUGUCCCACUCCCGCUGUCCCUGUCCCGUUCCCGGUCCCCCCUCCCCUUGCCGGCCCGGGCCAUGGCCCCGGCCGUUCCCCUGUGCCGGGCGGGGCCGCCCCGUCCCCGGCCCUGGGCGGCCCGGCGCGGUCUCGCCCUCGCCCGGCUCCCGGCGCGCCGGUUGUGGCGCUGCUGGGCGCUCCUGUGGGGCUGGCUGUGGGACGGGCUCGGCCUCGCCGCCCCUUGGCUCCGCCUGGCUCGAGCCCGGCGCCUGCCGGGGCCGGCGGGGGCCGCGGGCGCCGCGGCCGCUGCCGCCUCCUCGGCGGCUUCCCCGGCCAGAGCUCCGCCGCUCGCCAGCCCGGCCGCCGGCAGCGAGCCGCCGCUGCCCGCUGCGGCUGGGGAAGCCCGGCCCGGGCCGCUUGAGGGGCGCUCGGGGGCCGUGCCGGGCCCCGGCCCCAACGCUGACGGCCACGUCUCGCCCGCACCGAAGGCCAAGGAGCCGCUGCACGAGCGCUACCGGCUGCAUUCGCUGCUGGGCAGCGGCGGCUUCGGCCGCGUCUACGCGGGGACCUGCCUGGCGGACGGAGCCCCGGUGAGUGCAGCAGGAGGAGGAGGAGGAGGAGGAGGAGGGCGGGACGGGCGGCGAGCUCAAUCCGCCCUUCCCCUCGCGAGCGGGGCCAGCGGCAGAAAGCGGGGCGGGACGGGCGGGGACGAGCCGAGGCCCGGCAGGGUGGAAGCCGCCGGGACACCUGGAGGGAGAGUGGCCGUGGGCUCGGUGGGGGACGGGGAGCAUCCAGGGCUGGCCGAGGGGGAGCAGGCAGACAGGCACGGCAUCAGCCCCACUGACGACCCCGUGGUCCCCCCGCAGCCUGACGGCACCCGGGCCCCCCUGGAGAUCGUGCUGCUGGACAAGGUGUCCAAUGGCUUCCCUGGGGUCAUCCAGCUGCUGGAGUGGUUCGAGCUCCCCAACGGGUUCCUGUUGGUGAUGGAGCAUCCGGAGCCGUCUCAGGACCUCUCUCGCUUACUGAGGGCGUGGGGGUUCCUGCCGGAGGAGAUGGCGUGGGGGCUGUUCCGCCAGGUGCUGCAGGCCGUGCGGCACUGCACCAGCUGCGGCGUCCUGCACCGGGACAUCAAGCCCCAGAACAUCCUCCUCCACCUGGCCAGCGGCGAGGCCAAGCUCCUCGACUUUGGAUGUGGCACCUUCCUUAAGGACACGGUCUACACCCAGUUUGCAGGUGAGCCCACAGCCGGGGGAUGCUCCUGGUGCCGGGCAUCGCAUGGCCAUGCCCGGGUGUGGCAGUGGAGAUUGCCCCUUUGGCCGAGGGGGAACAGGAUUAGUUCUUCAGCCAAGUUGCUUUUGGAUGGGGCUGGGGGUUACUGUGAGACAGGCCCCGGCCUUGGCGACAGCCUGUGCCACCCACCCUGUCCCAGGCUGGGUCUGGGGCAGGGGGGAGCCAGCCUGACCAAAACCCCCGUGAGGGUAGCAGAGAAGGGGGUCAGAACUGUGCACCAGCUGGCUUGGUGUGCAGGCGAGGAAGGGCUUGGGCUGCUCCGCUCGCCUUGUUUGCCUUGGCUUAUGAUGAAUUGUUGGGGGCAGUGCAGUGGGGCAGGGAGAAGGCACGGCUUUUCCCCACCACUGGGUGGGUUUUUCCCUUGCAUGAAAUGGUUGGGCCUUGCCAGGGCUUCCGCUGCCCUCUUGGACACCAGCGGCUUCUUCUCCAACCCAGAGUUUGUAACCAAGAGUCAGGGGCCGGCGAGAAGGCAGUGGGUCACAGCGUGUGCCACUGGGGCAGGCCCCACAUUGCCAGGGCUGCUGGGGUGA